AUGGAGGGGGCAGACGUUUAUGAGAAUAUGGACGUGAAGCAGGGAUUUCAUAUGGGGGAAGACGCGCGGGCCGAGCGGGAGCUGCGGGCGGAGCGAGCCGCGGCCGCCAACGCCUCGCACGAGCCGCCGAGGGGCUGCGCGGCGCCGGGCGGAGCGGCGAGCUGCCGGGAGCGGCUGGAGCAAUUGGCUCAGCGGCUUUCCGAAGACUGGCGGUACCACAACGGGAACAUCUACUAUUUCUCAAGAGAGCCAAAGCCCUGGCAGGACGCGGAGGAUUUCUGCGUGUCGGAGCAAUCCCACCUGACCUCCAUCACCAGCCCGGAGCAGCAGGAAUACCUCACCAAACAGGUGGGGGGUGACGCGUACUGGAUCGGCCUCACGGACUUGGGCAUCGAAGGCACCUGGCGCUGGGUGGACGGCACCGAGUACAAGCCAGGCGUCAGUUUCUGGGCGCCGGGGCAGCCGGACAACUGGGAAGAGGCGAGCGAGGGCCGCGAGGACUGCGCCCACCUGCAGCCCGAGGACUCCAACCAGUGGAACGACAAGGGCUGCAGCUCCCCUCUGCGCUGGAUCUGCCAGAAGGGCAUGGACGCGGCCGGGCUGUGACGGGGCGGGCGGGGGCAGGGGUCCGCGGCGCCGCCCGGCUGCAGGCGCCGAGCCCCGACGGGGUGGACGGCGGAGCCGCUGCCGGCGGCAAGCGCCGCUCCCCCUUGCCCCCUCACCCUCCGACCCGCUGCAGCGCGGCCCCGGCCCGGCCCGGGCAGUGGCGGCCCGCGGCGAGACGCCGGCUCCGUCCUCCCUGCUCCCCUCAGGCGGCUGCGGGCGGCAGCGAGGCCCCCCCGGCCCUGCCCGUCCCCCCCGGCACAGCAGCCGGAGGCGCCUCCCGAGCGCAGGAUCCCUGCCCUCCGCCUGCCGCUCCUGCUCCCGCUACCCAGCGGGGGAAGAGCCGCGGAAACGGCAUUCCUUAGGAAACUGCGACCUUCCAGUGACAGCAAGUGCUGCAGGCGCAAAGCAGAAGAGAUUAGCGCACAGUUGCGCUGUGGGAUACAGUUGAAUUGGGCUUUUUAAUUAAAAACAGAGAGCAGGAAUGCAGACCGUGGAAGCUUCGGGGAUCUCGCUCCAGACAACGAUUGCCCCCCCUUCCGAGGGUGCUGAGCUACCCCCUAAGGACAAGGGCGCAGUGGGAUCCUGGGGCCACCCGGGGGGGGGGGUCCCAGCCUGGGGGCCGUGGUGCCACCUCGCACAGCACUGUCCUCCUUCGCCCACGGGCAGCAG